AUGGGACUAGAAAUUUUUAGACCUGUUGUACCUGACCUAAACAUAGCCAUAGUCAUGUUCUUCACGAUGUCGAUAUGUUACGGGCAAUCAUUAGUGAUGAUAAAUUGGGACAAUCAAAAUAUAUUUCAUGGGAAUUGUCCACUUUGGGCCACACUGGAAACCAUUCCCGAGUCAUUGCGAAAGCCCCGAGAGGAUUUUGACAAUGAUCAAGAAUUUGAUGAAGGAUCUAAGAAUGAACGUGCGAUUCGCAGCGAUUGGAGAAAAGAUGUUAUCGUCAGUUUCAAUCACCCAAAUCACUGUGACUUUUAUCAUCAAAUAACUCUUUGCUCGUGCAUCUUCGGUACGACUGGAUUUACCUUAUUCGCAAUGUGCGGAAGAGGUGGUCACGAUACGAGAAUUUUUAUAGCUCCAUGGAGAAUAGUCAUCCCAGCGUGUGUAUUCAAUUUUGCCUUUAUGAUAUUAACAUUGGUUGUCACGCAUGACGUAGAAUAUGGGUUUGCCAAAUUCAGACGUGACCUUUACAAACUCGCCAUCGAAAGCAUGGACUACCAUAAGAUUUAUACAGGCAGAAGCGAGUGUGAAAUUAUGCAGUAUUACCUGCAACCCUACAAUUUUAAGAACUAUAACAUCUGUCGUUUCUACAUACCCCUUCAGAUAAAUUCAUGGUUAAUGGCAUUUAGUUGGACUGCAGGGUUUAUAACGAUAUUAAUCCGUAUCAUAAAUAUCAGUGAUUUUAGUUUAUUAAGGGUUAUGGUAUAUGAAGCGCCUGCGACCUCUCCCCUACAACUGCCAUCGAAGAGGGGCCAUGAAAAUGAAGAAUCCUUAAACAUGUCCGAACCAUCGAGGAAGAGAAUUCGUCGAUUGUUGUCGCCGAAGGGUAAAGACGAUUAAAAUAUACCGGGAUAUGUACCAUUUUUAAAACAAAUAUAUUUAAAUAACGCGUAUGCAUAUAAUACAGCUCUUUACGAAAUACGCUAAUAAAUAAUAAUAUUCAUAAAA